AUGGGAGCAGGCCGUUUCUCUCUCGCCCAUGGGCGGCGACGUGAGUUCCUCUCGCGCAGUCGCGAACAAUUAACGCGCGGGGCGGCGUGGUCGGUGCGCGGCGCGACGUGCCACGUCACUAUAAUGUGGUUAGUCAGUGAGCGUCGGGGCCGAGCCGACGGCGACGGUGACGGCACGGAACACGAGGUUAGAAGCGCGGGAGAGCCGCGCUGGUCGCUUAGCCAACGAGCCGGCCACAGCACGGUGGAGUUCAAGAGCUCGGCGUGCGCGGGGGCCGUGGAGCCACCCGCGCCGCCUCUCGCCGCGCUGCCGGACCCUCAGCAGUUCAACAUAUUCCCGGCUUUCUUUAGCCGCCAACUCAACUUUAGCGGCAGUAGUGGCUGCGGCCAAGGUUCCAAAAUUAUGGAAGAGUUACGGCCAAAUCUAGUAGGAGGUCUCUUAGGGGUUCCCGGCCUCCUGGACGAACAUCAGCCAGACGCAAAAUAUUUGCCAUCUGGUGGUGAAAGCAAAUAUACGCCAGAUAAAGGGCGGAAGUGUAGCAAUGCGUCUAGUUCCUCGGCGGAGGAAUUUGGUGGACUGUAUGGCGGAGAGCACGCAGCUACACCGCCUGCACCACCACUAAGCCGUUCGUUGCAGGACAACACAGGUACGUAUCAGACUUGUACUUAG